UCAGUCCUUAUUUCCAACCCCCAAUUCAAAAUUUCCAACCCCUGCUAAAGUCCCURAAUUAAAUAUAAUUUAAUGUUAUGUUUUCUUAAUUAUCCACUUCUAAUUUAAGGUAAUGCUACUGGACAGGAUGAUUACUCAAUUCCCCAAGAACCUUCAGACUUCGAAUUAUCAUCUGGUUCUUGUGAAGACUCGAGAAAUGGAAUUGAAGAUGAAAAUUUGGGACAUCAGACAAUGAACCUACAAGAUUUAACAGCAAAGUACUUGAUAAAAAUCAAGGAAGGCAACAAACUAACCAAUAAAGCUAUGCAAAAUAUUGUUACAUCAACAUCUAAAUUGUUUCAUGUUGCUUUCAAUCAACUGAAAAGAAAAAUAGAGUGUUCCAUAGAGGAGGCAGGUUUGGAAGUGGAGGAUAUUCCAGGAAUAUCUGAUGCUUUUGAUGAAGUAUGUGAUCCUUUUGAUCAGCUUCUUACUACCUGGAYGCAGUCAAAAUAUSUUCAAAGCCAUUCACAAUAUGUGGGCCCUGAAAAGAAAAUACUUGGCAAGACAAGAAAGAUUGUAAAAAGAAACAWUAAAAAACAAAUACUUGAAAUUGAAGAUACCUUCUACUAUAUCCCUAUACUGGACACACUUCAAGUUCAAAUUCGCUCUCCUUCGUAUCUUGAAUUUAUUCUAAGAGGCCCAGAAAAAUCAAAUGUCCCUGAAGAACUCAGAGAUUUUUGUAAUGGAACAUUUAUAUCUGAACAUCCAAUGUUUGGUUCUGAUGAUCAAGCUCUGCAAAUACUGAUGUAUUAUGAUGAUGUCAACGUGGUAAAUCCUAUGAAUAAUAGAAUUCAUCAGCUUGGUUUCUUGUACUACCAACUAGCCAAUCUACCUCCACAGUAUCGUUCCAAAUUAAAAUCAAUUCACCUUUUUUCAAUUUGUAAAAAAGAGCACAUUAAAAAGUAUGGCUUGAAUAUAAUCCUUCAGCCAUUUGUAGAAGAUCUACGUUCCUUGGGCAUUGAUGAAGGUUAUCCAUUUGAAGUUGAUGGUGGAGUUAUACAUCUUAGAGGAGGCUUACUUGCAACACUGGCUGAUACACCAGCUAGUCAGGCUGCAGGUGGUUUUAAAGAAAGUGUUGGUGGGGCACGAAGAAAAUGCCGUCAUUGUAUGGCAACAUUUGAACAAAUACAAGAAUUUUUUCUUGAAGAAAAUUUUGAUCUGCGCUGCAAGGAUGAGCAUGAGAGACAAGUUAAAAGAAUGGAAAAUGCACCUUCAAAAUAUCUUGCUUCCUAUUACAGCAAAUACUAUGGAAUCAAUACCAAAGCAAAAUUAAUGGAAGCCCCAUACUUCGAUGUCUGCCAACAAUUACYACAAGACUUAAUGCAUAUUUUUUUAGAAGGGAUUUUAGCUUACCAUAUGAAGCAUAUGUUAAAGUACUUCAUAUCUGAUUCAGAAACUGAUAAAAUAACACUUGAUCUGCUAAACAAGGAAAUAARACUUUUUCCUUUAGGAUAUUCACAUAAACAAGAUAGACCAGUCCAUGUGAAAGAUUCUGACAUUGAUAUUAAAGCAAGCACAAACUUAGGUCAGAGUGCUAGCCAAAUGUAUCUCUUGGCAUUUAUACUUCCAUUCAUUAUGGCAAAGCAUAUUGACAUUCAAGAUUCUGUUCACUGGGAUUGCUACAUGUCUUUGAUAGAGAUUGUGGUGAUAUGUUUUUCAUCAUCAAUAACUACUCAGAGUGUGGUAUACUUGAAGUCUGCCAUCAAAAAAUAUCUUCAAACCUUUAAGGAUCUAUAUGAUGCAAGAAUAACUCCUAAAAUGCAUUAUCUAGUUCAUCUUCCUUCUAUGAUAUUGAAGUUUGGUCCUCUAAUAAGGUCGUGGUGCAUGYGAUUUGAGGCAAAACACUCAUAUUUCAAAGAUAUUGCAAGAAUCACAAAAAAUUUCAGGAAUCUCCCACAUUCAUUAUCAACAAGACAUCAAUGCAUGGAACUGGCUGACAGCUUAACACUGGAUGAUGAAACUGAUCCUUGCCCACUUUUCAGSAAUGACUGUGAUAUGGGAACAAUAAAACCUAUCAGAGAUCAUGAUUCUACUGCUUAUGCUUGGCAAUGCAUACAAAACUUUUAUGAUAUCCAUGGGCAGUGCAAUAUUCGGAUUGCUGAAAUAUUUUUGGUUGAUUCUGUGAGAGUUUAUGGCACUCUUUAUAAGCCUGGAGCAAACACCUUUUUACUGAUAAGCAAAGACUUUCAGAAUCCAGAAUUUGGAAGGCUUAUUAAACUUUGGUAUGUGGAGAACCUUGGAGUCUUUUUCGUGCUGCAGAAGGUGGAUAUGAUUUCUUAUUCUCGAUACAUAAAUGGUUUUGAAAUCGAAGAGCCCAACUUACCCCAAGGCUACAUUAUAAUAGCAGCAAAUGAUCUACCCAGCCCACGAGUACAUCAUGCAUACAAGUUCAAUGAUAAGUCCUAUAUUAUUAAAAGAGAUGAGUUUUAAUUAUCUGAACUAUUCAUAAGGUGACUGGCUACUUUUGAAUGUUCCAUUUAAGCAGUCUGUCAUGAUGUUGAGUGUGUGCAGUAUCAAAAAUAAACUUCAAGAGGGUAAAACCCUUAAAUUGUGCAAGGGAUUCUAUUAAUCUAUACUUUAUUAUGCUUUGAUAAUGUC